CUCGAUCCCAACAAGGUAUGCUGACACACGAUUGGACGCCAGCGUGACUCUUGAACGCGUGUGAGCAGCUGGCAAACCGAUUUCUUUUCACAUACGGAUAGGUCAUCUGUGUAAUCGGACCUCACCAGCUCCUAAGUUCCUCUGUAUCUGAGUCAGGUAAACCAUGCCAUCAGUACCAUCUAGUUCAGAGUCAGUUGGGACUGGUCCCGUCUGCCCACACGCUGCCAAAGUCCUCACAAAUGCUGCAAAUGGAGAAUCUGGCAUCAACGGAGAGGCAAAACUGAAAACUGAUGCCGUUUUGAAUGGAAAAGCUGCGCACAAGUUAAGUGUGAAUGAAACAAACGGUCAUCAUUUGAAGAGUGUGAAUGUAGAGCACAUUGAGAACGGCUCAGAAAGCACCAUGGAGAGGAAAUGGAUUCGACCAGAUUUGCCCAGCAGAUGCACCUGGAAACUUGGUGACCCAAAUACAGAGUCGCCCCACAAGCACUUCCAACAAACAAAGACACCCAGUAUCCUUCCCAACAUUUUAAGCAGGAUUGGAGAGACCCCACUGGUCCGCAUGAACAAGAUUCCUAAAGCUUUUGGCCUCAAGUGUGAGCUUUUGGCUAAAUGCGAGUUCUUCAACGCCGGUGGCAGCGUGAAGGACAGAAUCAGUCUGCGAAUGGUAGAGGACGCUGAGAGAGACGGCAUCCUGAAACCUGGAGACACCAUCAUUGAGCCCACGUCAGGAAACACAGGGAUUGGUCUUGCUCUGGCAGCAGCAGUCAAAGGUUAUCGCUGCAUCAUUGUCAUGCCUGAGAAGAUGAGCAUGGAAAAGGUGGACGUGCUCCGUGCUCUCGGUGCUGAGAUUGUUCGUACCCCUACCUCAGCCCGGUUUGACUCUCCUGAGUCUCACGUGGGGGUGGCUUGGCGUUUGAAGAAUGAGAUUCCUAACGCUCACAUUCUGGACCAGUACCGCAAUCCCAGCAAUCCCCUGGCCCACUAUGACACCACUGCAGAGGAGAUUCUGGAGCAGUGUGACGGUAAAAUAGACAUGCUGGUGGCCGGAGCUGGCACUGGUGGCACCAUCACUGGCAUCGCUCGCAAGCUGAAGGAGAAAUGCCCUAAUAUCAAAAUAGUUGGAGUGGAUCCUGAGGGCUCUAUCCUUGCUGAGCCGGAGGAGCUUAAUAAGACUGAUAAGACUCAAUAUGAGGUUGAGGGCAUCGGAUAUGACUUCAUCCCCACUGUUCUGGACAGAUCUGUGGUGGAUAGUUGGUACAAGUCCAAUGAUGAAGAGUCCUUUGCCAUGUCUCGUAUGCUCAUCAGAGAGGAGGGUCUUCUGUGCGGCGGUAGUUCAGGCACAGCCAUGGCUGCAGCAGUGCAUGUAGCCAAAGAGUUGAAGGAAGGCCAGCGCUGUGUGGUGAUCCUCCCCGACUCCAUCCGCAACUACAUGUCUAAAUUUCUUAGUGACAAGUGGAUGUGUGAAAAGGGCUUCCUGAGUGAGGAGGAUCUUGUUGUCAGCAAGCCAUGGUGGUGGAAUCUGACUCUUCAGGAGCUCCGGCUCUCCGCCCCGCUGACUGUGCUGCCUUUAGUGUCCAUUAAGAAGACCAUUCAGAUCCUGAAAGAGAAGGCUUUUGACCAAGCCCCUGUGGUGGACGAGGCUGGGCAUAUUCUGGGCAUGGUCACGUUGGGGAACAUGCUCUCAUCGGUUCUAGCUGGGAAGGUCAGGCCAUCUGAUCCCAUAAACAAAGUUCUCUACAAACAGUUUAAACAGGUGCGCCUAACUGAUAACCUGGGCAAACUCUCACGUAUCCUUGAGACGGACCAUUUCGCCCUUGUUGUGCAUGAACAGAUUCAGUUGGAUGGUGUCCGCAGUCUGAAUUGCAGUUCCUGUCUUACAGACAUGAGCGAUGGAUCUCCAAAGAUGAGGCAGAUGGUGUUUGGGGUGGUGACGGCUAUUGACCUGCUGAACUAUGUGGCCACUCGUGAGCGGAGGGAACGCUCGCUGUCUGAGUGCUCGCUGUCUGAAGAUCAGUGAACAACCAAGAGUAUGAGAACACAAUGCUGGAGUGUCCUUUUCUCUUCUCUCACACAGUUUUUGAGUUUAUUUCUCUGUGAGUGGUAUGCUCCAUGUUAAAGAAGAAUUUUGCUUUUAUAAGAGCCAGUCAAUAUAGAUUUACAUGCACAUUAUUUUUUAUUUUUUUUCUCUGUUUACCGCAUGUUCUUCUUUUAUCUCUCUUUAUUUUACAUUUUAUCUGCUUUGUUAGCCAGUCAGCAUAAUGAAGUAAUAUCACAGGUCAGUCAACCACUACUUGUAGAUUUGUUUACUUUGCAGAUUUGAUUUAUUAGGGUGUAUAUAUUUAAAUGAAUGUAUUUUAUUCUUUCAAUAACUCUGCAUUCGUUUGAUUUAGUUUAGUUUAAGUGCUGGAUUCAGGUUCUCUCUUGUCUAAGCUACAACUACAUCGCCACCUAGUGACUGCAAUAGUUUACAACAGGCAUUGAAACUUUGACCUUCAUCAGUCAUGCUCUGCUUCUUGGCACAAUGAUCUCUGGAGCGUGAGGAGUUUUGCAGGCAUGAUCGAUAGUAAUUUACAAAGCAAAUACUAAGUGUGUUUUGUAAAGCAAUCUGCACCCAGACGGGGUGACUUGACAUUUUUCUUGUAUUGAUACAAGACCUGAUAUUGAGUGUAAAUAAAUAUUGGUGAUUUGGACUUGCUUUAAACACACCACUCUGUGUUAAGCAAAUUUGUUUCAUUUUUCUAUGUUCUUUUCGUCUGACCUCUUGUAAAUCAAAACUGUAAUGAAUAGAGUCUGAAUAAGAUUGUUUGUAUAUGAGUUAAUGUGAUGUAAAUGAAUGUGCGUGAGGGUGCAUUAUUUUGCUCUCAUGAUCAUGGUUUCUGUGCAUGAAGCUGGAAUCUCUGGCUCAGAAUGUCUUUACUGUAUGUCAUUUGAUUUGCUUUUUCUUGAAUCUUAUUCCUGUAAUAAGUACUAGUUACAAAUAAAGGCUUUAUUUCCUGAA